AUGGCUGAUUUCGAAACUGAAGAAGAAAACAAAGGGGAUACAAAUAAUGUAGACACGAGUAGUCGAUCCGACCAUCAAGAGACAAUUGAAGUAUUUAGUGACGAACAAAAAUUACAAAUUGAUCUUGCUAAACAAUUGAAAAAUGAACUUAAAAUAUCUGUAGCUGAUGAAACAGAAGGUAAGCCAUCACCUUUUAAAGUGGCUGUUGUAGGCAUGAAUGAAUUGGGUAGUGCAACAGCAUUUUUGCUUUUGUGUAAACAAGUGGUUACCGAUAUUGUUAUUAUUGAUCAAAAUGCUAAACGACUAGAGGCGGAAUUUGCUGAUUUGAGUACGUGUACAACAUUUGUGUCUGGCGUAAACGUUCAAGCAAGUAAUCAAUUAGCUUCAUGCGAGCAAGCGCGAGUAGUAAUUAUUUGUGAUGUGAUGACAAGCAGAGAUGAAAGAAAAACAACAUCUCAAUACAGUAGCGAUGGAAAUCGUCAAUCAAAAAAUCAGAAUCAAUCAGUCGAUGAUAAUAUUUCACAGUUCAAAACGACAAGUCGGGCUAUUAGUCUUUACGUUCGCUGUGCAAAAUCAGCUCCCAGGAGUAAAGGACUUCUAAUAGGAGAAAAAUUAGGUGUCUCUCCUGCAAGCGUCACUGGUAUUAUAUUGGGUGGUCAUGAGUUUGAUCGCGUUUUACAUAGUGUUACUAUUGCUGGUAUCCAUUUACUAUCUGAAAAUCCUGAUAUAGGCACAUCUCAAGAUAAAGAAAAUUGGCGAAACCUCCAUUAUGAAGUAAAUCAACGAGAAAAAGAAAUUAUCAAGACCAAAGGCACAGAAGUAUGGUCUUUAGCAAUGAGUUGUAGUGAAUUAGUUGAAUGUGUAUUGCGAAACAAACGUGAAAUUCAUACAGUAACUGUUAAUGUCAAUGGUCAUUAUAAUGUUAAACAAGAUUUGUUUUUGUCAUUGCCGGCUAUUGUUGGUCAAAAUGGCGUAUCACAUUUAAUUACAACAAAAAUGAAUCCUAUAUUAAGAGAUGAAUUUUCAAAUUUAAUUAAUAAUAUUAAAGAAAUGAUCAAACAAAAAAUGAGCAAUGAAUAUGUUGUUAAUAAUAAACAAGACUAG